CGACGAACUAUCGGAACGUUAGUGUUCCAAAAGGGAUCGAAAGCCAUGCAAAUGGGCUUUAAGAGAGCACCAAUAGCUCUACACAAACGAAAGCAGUCUUUUACUCUCCUAUCUAAUCACAUUAGUACAAACAUUCUCGUCGAUAACAACAGUGUUAACGAAAUCCCUCAAACCCAAGUUUCUGAAUCAUGGACCACUCUUAUUCUGGCCCUUUCGCAAGGUGGCUCCAGUACAGAGCUGGUCUUGUACAAGGCCACCCAAAUGCUCAACUUUGGCACCAAACCAAACGGCUUUGCGCUGACUCACCUAGUUCGAGCUUCGACUGACAUGGGAUUGUACUCUUAUGGCCAACAGCUUCAGAGCUAUAUUCUUCGAUCUGGGUUUGCUUCCGAUGAAUAUGUCUCCUCUGCUUUGGUCAGGUCUUAUAGAAGGUUUGGGUCAUUGGAAGAUGCUCACAAAUUGUUUGUUGAAAUUCCCCAACCAAGUGUGGUUUGUUGGAAUUGUUUGAUUUCUGGGUAUGUGCGAAUUGGACAGUUUAGUAAGGCGUUGCUUUUGUUUCUUCAGCUUGAUGAGUCUGAUAUUUGUGCAGAUGCUUAUGCAUUCACGGCCGCUCUUGCUGCUUGUGGUAAACUGAGUUUGUUGCAGCUUGGCGAAUCAAUUCACUCCAAAAUCAUAAGAUAUGGUCUGCAAGAUGGUCUUGUUGUAGGGAAUUGCUUGAUUGACAUGUAUGGAAAAUGUGGAUGUGUUGAAGAGGCAAUUGGGGUCUUUGACAGUUUGAUUGAAAAGGACAUUAUUUCUUGGAAUUCAGUUAUAGCGGCAACUGCUAGGAAUGGAGAACUGGAACUUGCAUUCUCGUUUUUACAUCAAACGCCCACGCCUGACACCAUCACGUACAAUGAACUAAUCAAUGGCGUUUCUCAAUUUGGCAACAUAAAUGAUGCUGUUCACAUUUUAUAUAACAUGGCAAACCCGAAUUCAUCUUCCUGGAAUUCGAUUGUGACAGGAUACAUUAACAGAGAUCGAUCACGAGAGGCAUUGGAGUUUUUCAUGCUUAUGCAUUUGAAUGACAUUGAAAUGGAUGUGUACACGUUUUCAGUCAUCUUAAGUGGUAUUGCCAGUCUUGCAGCUUUGACAUGGGGAACGUUGAUCCAUUGUUGCACGAUGAAGUGUGGUUUAGAUUCAUCUUUAGUUGUGGGGAGCGCUCUAAUUGACAUGUAUGCCAAAUGUGGGCAGCUGAAGAAUGCUGAAACAAUCUUUCAAUCACUGCCUGAAAAGAAUUUGAUUAGUUGGAACGCAAUGAUCUCUGGCUAUGCUCAGAAUGGGAAUUCCGUCGAAGUGAUUGAGCUAUUCGAGAAAUUGAAAAUGGUGAAGGACUUAAAGCCUGACUGGGUUACCUUCCUCAAUGUAAUAGCAGCAUGUUCGAACAGUGACGUGCCCUUGUCGAAGACAAUUCAGUACUUUGAAUCAAUGAUCAAGGAAUAUGGGAUUGAACCAACUGUUGAGCACUGCUGCUCUAUGAUUCGGCUCAUGGGACAAAGAGGGGAAGCGUGGAGGGGACUGAAAAUGAUCUACGAUUUGAGUUUCGGGUCAUAUGGGGAGGUCUGGAAGGCAUUGCUGGGUGCUUGUGGAACUUGUAGGGAUAUGAAUGUCGCAAAGAUUGCUGCUGCAAAAGUGAUUGAAUUGGUGGGUGACAGUGAUCAUGUUUAUGUGAUGAUCUCCAACAUUUUUGCAUAUUAUGGUAAAUGGGGAGAUGUGAAUAGGAUUAGAAAUCUCAUGAGAGUGAGGGGAGUGAGAAAAGAAGUUGGUUGUAGCUGGAUUGAGGUGGAAAGUGCAGCCUCACAACCAUCCCUGUCCAGAUGAUGAUACUGGUAUAAACAGUGUAGACUUCCAAUUAUGCAGGAAGUUAGAGAGGACGCCCUUAGAUACCAUGGCAUAACCUGCCCUGUCAAGCAAUGUUCUAUGUAACCCAUUGUCUAAACACGCAGACCAGUGUGUACUUGUUCACAAGAGACUAAUUGUAAGUCGAUUCUUAAAUUCCCCAAAA